GGCCCGGGUCCAGGGUUCGAACCACCGCUGACCUGGCGUGCUUCUCCCCCCGGCCCCAGAGAGGUGGAGAAGAGCGAGUGCUUGAGAAAGAAGAGGAAGAGGACGACGAAGACGACGAAGACGACGAAGACGAUGUGUCCGAGGGCUCCGAAGUGCCCGAGAGCGACCGUCCUGCCGGCGCUCAGCACCACCAGCUCAACGGCGAGCGGGGCCCUCAGAAUGCCAAGGAGAGGCUCAAAGAGUGGACGCCCUGUGGCCCCCACCAGGGCCAGGACGAGGGGCGGGGACCAGCGCCCGGCAGUGGCACCCGCCAGGUGUUCUCCAUGGCAGCCAUGAAUAAGGAAGGGGGAUCAGUCUCUGUUACCACCGGGCCAGACUCCCCGUCCCCCGUGCCUUUGCCCCCAGGAAAACCAGCCCUACCUGCGGCCGACGGGACUCCCUUUGGCUGUCCUCCCGGGCGCAAAGAGAAGCCGGCGGACCCCGUGGAGUGGACAGUGAUGGACGUGGUGGAGUAUUUCACCGAGGCCGGCUUCCCGGAGCAGGCCACCGCGUUCCAAGAACAGGAAAUUGACGGCAAGUCCCUGCUGCUGAUGCAGCGCACAGACGUGCUGACUGGCCUGUCCAUCCGCCUCGGGCCGGCCCUGAAAAUCUACGAGCACCACAUCAAGGUGCUCCAGCAAGGCCACUUCGAGGAUGACGACCCCGAUGGCUUUCUAGGCUGAGCGCCCAGCCUCGCCCUUGCCCCAACCCAUUCCAGGUCUCCCAUCUCCCCCAAGACCCCCAGAGUCCAGGAGCUGAGCUGGGACACCCUCAGCCCUCAUGACAGAUUCCAGGGAGGGGGCGCUCUCCUCUGCUCAUCUCCCUUUGUGUCUCACACACACCUCUGCCCUCCAGCACGUCAGGGGAGGGGGCGGCAGCCUGUGCAUUUCACCCCAGGAGGCCAACCCUCCCCACCAUCCCAGGACAUUUUAG